UUAAACUCGUAAAACACCAUGGCGCCCUUUUCAAAACCAGAGACCGUGCUCAAGCAGGCCGAGGGACUCGUCUCCGUCGGUCAGACGCACGCAGCUCUCCAAUCAUUGACAGAAAUGUUCUCUUCAAAACGAUUCAGGUCGACACCACUCACCUCCCUGGAGCCGAUCAUGCAUCGUUUUAUCGAAUUAUGCGUCGAAAUGCGAAAAGGCCGCCCAGCCAAGGAAGGACUCAUGCAAUAUAAAAACAUUGCACAGAACACGAACGUGCAGAGUAUCGAGGCAGUUAUCACUCGUUUUGUUCAAUUGGCCGACUCGAAGGUCCGGGAGGCGCAGGAGAAGGCCGCUGUAAAAUCGGCCGUUGAUGUUGAUGAUUUGGAGGCUAGCGAGACCCCGGAGAGCAUCCUUCUCGGUGCAGUUAGUGGAGAUCAGAGCAAGGACCGCACGGAUCGUGCCCUCGUCACUCCCUGGCUCAAGUUCUUAUGGGAGAGCUAUCGAACAUCUUUAGAGACUUUGAAGAACAAUACGAGGUUGGAAGCUAUCUACCAGCAAAUCGCACAGCAAGCGUUCAAAUUCUGCCUCAAGCACCAACGCAAAGUUGAAUUCCGUCGUUUAUGCGAGACACUUCGUCUGCACCUUUCAAACGUCGCGAAAUACUCACACCAGCAACACUCUAUCAACCUCUCCGACCCAGACACCUUACAACACCACCUCGACACCCGAUUUGCCCAACUCAACACCUCCGUCGAGCUCGAACUAUGGCAAGAAGCCUUCAGGUCUGUUGAGGACGUCCACAACCUCCUCAACAUGGCCAAGAAGGCUCCCCGCCCAGCAAUGAUGGCGAACUACUACGAAAAACUCACCAAAAUUUUCCUCAUGAGUGGGAACGCUUUGUACCAUGCCGCUGCUUGGAGCAGGUAUUACGCAAUUAUUCUCAGCAUUGGGGCAGAUGCAUCCUACUCACCCUACCUCACCCUCCUCCAACGUGCUCUGCUCUCUCGUCUCCUGUCCCAACUGUCCCAGGUCUACUCCACUAUCAAGAUCGACAACCUCCUCGCGCUCGUCGCACCACUCAAAGAAGCUGGCAUCGAAGGCGCCUAUGAGGAAGAGCAGAUCGAGGCGUACAUCAUGGGGUGUGCUCGACGUGGAGAACUUAACAUCCGCGUGGACCAUAAAGAUGGAAGCAUCACUUUCGUAGACGACGCGUUUGUCUCUGCAGACGAGCUGCAACAGCCCACCGCGUCGACUUCUACCUCCACUGCUCGUGGUGAAUCGUCGAUCCAACCCUCGGUAGCCGAGCUCGUUCGAACGCGGUUGAGUAAAGUUGCUACUUGCCUGCACAACUCCCUUCACAAGAUCGAGGAAUCUCCGGAAGCCCUAUCCCCUGAAGAACAAGCCGAAAAAUUCAAGGCUCUCGUGGUAGCUGUGGAGUCUGAACGCAAAGCUCUCCAACUCAAACGCGCCAUCGUAGCUCGGAGGAGGGAGUUAUUGAGUGAAUUGAGCGUGCGUAAGGAGAAGGAAGCGAGCAGCCGGCGUGCUGAGCUCAGUCGAAGGGAGAAGGAGGAGGAGGCAAGACGUGUGAGGGAGGAUCUGAGGAAGAGGGAGCAGGAGAGGACGAAGAAGGAGAUUGAGAGUAUUAGGAUCGAUGAAGCCAAAAAGUAUGCGCAGAGUUUGGUGGAUAAGGGGAUUUUGAAGCCUAAUGAUGUUGAUCUGGAAAGCAUUGAUACGGAAGGGCUAAUUACCAUCCAGGUAGCUCAACUCGAGAAGGAGAAGAAGGAGCUUAGCGAGCGACUUCGCAUCAUCGCUAAGCGGAUCGACCACACCGAGCGUGCGUAUCGUAAGGAGGAACAACCUCUCAUCGCUCAGGACUACGAAAGGCAGCAAGCUACGGACAAGGAUACCGUUGAAGCCAUACAACGUGCACGCCUGGAGGCAGCUGGAAAGGCUCACCAGGACGAUCUGGCUACUAAAGCGCGGCUGUCACGUAUGAUGGGUGAUUAUCAGAGCAGAAGGCAGGAGAUUAUUGCCAAGAAGGGCGAGGAGUUCGCGAGGAAGAAGGAGGCUGCCAAGGUGAAGAUUGAGGAGGAGAAAAAGAAGAGGAGAAACGCUGUGGCGAAGGCCAGAGAAGAGGAACGGCGGCGUGUUGAGCGUGAAGAGAAGGAGAAGGCGGAGAAAGAGGCAGAGGAGAGGCGGAUUGCAGAAGAACGUCGUGCCGAAGAGGAACGUCUUCGCGAGGAAGAGGAGGCUAAAGCAGCAGCUGAGGAAGAAGCCAAACGUCGAGCCGCAGAAGAAGUCGAACAACGACGCAAGCAACGCGAGCUGGAACGCCAAGAAGCCGCGGACAAAGCCAAGCUUCAACUACAGCGCGAGGAAGAGGCAGAGGCCCACAGACGACAACGUGCCGCAGAGAAGGCCGCUCCCACCCGCGCGCCCCUCGCCGCUCCCACAGCCCUUCGUGCAACGAAAGACGAGCCCUCUAGUCCUUCACCUGCAGUUGCGCCAGCCAGGUUUGGCAGGGGUGGGGCUGCUGCUCCUGCUGGAGGAGGCUGGCGGGCGAGGGAAGCGAAGAACGCUGGUGGUGCUGCGAGUGCAGUUCCUCCCCAGGUGAAUGCCCCUCCUGCUCGUGUUGGCUCGCCUGCUCCUCCGGUUAAUGGAGAGCAAGCUAAAGAGGGCGAUGAUGGGUUCCAGACUGUGCGAGGCGGUGGGGUUUGGCGUGCUCGUAGAGGAGGGCGCACUUAG